AUGUUGAUGUGUAAGUUUUGGUGGCAUUUACUGGAACCAUGUCUUGAUCGUUGCACUGAAUCUACUGCACCAUCAUCAUUAGCUGGACAUUUACUCCUUUUAUCUGGUUUACUUCGUGGUAGUCCACUGAAUCAAUUGAUAAAAAUCAACGAAAUGAACGAGUUCAAACAUAAUUCAUCAUUGAAUAGCUGUUCUGUUCUUAUUGCUAAUUCUCCCGUUAAUAAUAAUAAUAAUAAUAAUAAUAAUAAUAAUAAUAAUAAUGAUACUGGCCUUAGUAUUCAUGAUGAGGAAAGUAAUGGGCAUAACGAUUGCCAAAUUGAAAGUAAUUACGUCAAGGAAACUUACACACCAACUAAUUGUAGCCCAUUACAUAAGAUUAUUGCCUAUCUUUGUCAAAAUGAAUUGGUUUCUGCCAUGUCGCUUAGUUCUAAAGUAGGUCUAUUAGAAUGUGUCCAAGUGUGUAUUAAACAUAUAGAAGAAGCGGUUGUUUUAUUAAAACCGGAACCAAAACAUCAAUGGGAUACUCUACAGCUGAAUGAUGAUGGUCCUAAAAAUGUUAUUCACUGA